AUUUCGGCUGUUCCGUCAAUUGUGCAGAUGAGCGCAUCGGCACCUAUUCUCGCUGUGUUUGUCAAUUGUAGUACGUAAGGUUAAUUUGUCUUAUGAAAAUAAGUCUUUAUUAAUUUUAUGUGUUAAUUCUAAUAUUCGCAAAUUCGAUUAACCGGAUGUGAGUAUUUAACAGGUGCGCGAAAGUGUGUAGAAAUCGCUACAGUUCUACAGGGCCUUUCACCACACCCAAGGAAAAUAGAAAUACCGGAACGAGACUGGAGAAAUCUUGUGGACUGGCUAGGCCUACCGGUACCAGGAAAAGGUUCUGCUCACAAGAAUCGGUUUUACAAUUUCACAUGUGUUGGUUUAAGGACAUAGCCGACUAAUUAAUUGUCGGUUGGACUAAAAGUCCAGAGGAGAACGGAUAGCAGAGAAAGACUCGCCGAUAUUCACUCUCGUCAUGGCGUGUUGUUUGAGUGAAGAGGCGAAGGAGCAAAAACGGAUAAAUUGCGAAAUAGAAAAGGAACUGAGGAAGGCAAAGAGAGAUGCCAGACGGGAGUUGAAACUUCUGCUUUUAGGAACUGGAGAGUCUGGGAAGAGUACAUUCAUAAAACAGAUGAGAAUUAUCCAUGGAACCGGCUACUCAGAGGAGGACAAGCGCGGCUUCAUCAAGAUCGUCUACCAGAAUAUCUUCAUGGCCAUGCAUUCGAUGAUCCGCGCCAUGGACACCAUCAAGAUCUCGUUUGAAGUUGCAGAUAAUGAGGAGAAUGCGAUCAUGAUUCGACAAGUUGACUACGAGACCGUAACCACACUGGACUCUCAGUCGGUGGAGGCCAUCUUGUCACUGUGGGCCGAUGCGGGGAUACAGGAGUGCUACGACCGGCGGAGAGAGUAUCAGCUCACAGACUCCGCCAAAUAUUACUUAGAUGCAGUGGACAGGAUUGCGGAACCAAACUACCUACCUACAUUGCAAGACAUCUUACGUGUGAGGGUUCCCACGACUGGCAUUAUAGAGUACCCUUUUGAUCUGGACAGUAUAAUAUUUAGAAUGGUGGAUGUAGGUGGCCAGAGGUCUGAACGGCGCAAGUGGAUCCACUGUUUUGAAAAUGUCACGUCCAUCAUGUUUCUUGUAGCCUUAAGUGAAUACGACCAGGUUCUGGUGGAAUCUGAUAAUGAGAAUCGAAUGGAGGAAUCCAAGGCACUGUUUAGGACUAUUAUCACAUACCCCUGGUUCCAGAACUCCUCCGUCAUCCUCUUUCUCAACAAAAAAGACCUACUUGAGGAGAAGAUUAUGCACUCACACCUCGUAGACUAUUUUCCAGAAUUUGAUGGGCAAAAGAAGGACGCCCAGGGGGCUCGCGAGUUUAUAUUACGGAUGUUUGUGGAUUUAAAUCCUGAUCCAGACAAGAUUAUUUAUUCACAUUUUACGUGUGCAACAGAUACGGAGAACAUUAGGUUUGUGUUUGCGGCUGUGAAGGAUACCAUUCUACAGCUAAAUCUAAAGGAAUACAACUUAGUGUGAGCAUGGCCUUUGCCAGCAGGUCAAAGGUCAGGUACGCCCACCUGCAUAGACAGUUCAUUGGUGUACAUUAAUAAGGGGAGGAGACUAUUCUGGUGGCCUUUGACCCCAGUUAGUAACCUCUGACCUCAUCCAAUUACCAUCUCUGACACGUGGCCUUGGCUUGAUCGACAUUUAACACACAUUUGUUACGAGCCGGUCCAUUGGUUGAUUGUGGGCCGGGUGAUCGUCGAGCUGGUGUUGUAACGGCCGGUUUUAUCUUGAACCGGUUUUAUUAACAAUUCAAAAGUCGGUUUAAUUUAAAACGGUUUUAUACAUAUAUAUACAUAUAUAUAUAUAUACACAUUUAAAAGAAAACUGGUUUUCUGGUGGUGUGUGCCUGCUCGGUCUGGCUCAGUGCUGUAUACCAGGUCUAAACAAGGCAAUGUGUCAUGUUUUUGGGAGAUGACAACCAUUGGAGAGAAGCACACGAGGAGCUGAAGGAGUGUAACGGCAUCUGCUAUCUGUGUGGUGGAGCGCCAACACAAUACAAGGUGGCCAUUUUGAAUGCGUGCUAGAAAUUAAAAAAAAAACUUUUUAUUUAAAAAAAACCUGUGAUUGUUGUGACAGUUGUCAACAGUUUAACGCAUCGUCAAGUGACCAGUAUAUAGGACCAGCGGUCAACAGCGUGGCAACCAACACCAACGGACCAGUUAAAACGGGCGAAUCUCGGCGUCGGUCAGUCUUGCAGCAGUUUUCAUGUGGAUGUAUUACCAAUUUCAUUUGUGAGCAGAACAAAUUUUUUAAUGGUUGGAAAGACCUGUACAGCUGUUUUAUGUUAACUCUGGCAGUGUGAUGAGACUCCAGUGGUGGGCUCGUAUUCCACCCUUGUUCAGUUAGACAUCGCAAUUUUUAAACUGGACCUCCAAGAGAGCAUUCAGUACGGAGAGAUUUGGGCAAUAGUUUUUUUUCUAGAUGGACAUCGCCAGUUUGACAGUUUUGAAUACAAAAAAUGUCAUUUUAAUAGCCGACAGCGAUUAGGCAAUUUCGUCUGAUAGGCAGUUUUUGUGUUCAGAAUCAGAAAACUGUUUGGCAGAUUUUACAGUGACCGGUUUGGCUCAACUUUUUCAGUACCACCCUUAGCGUCAGCCAAACGAGCUCUCGGCGGCACUGGCUACGAUAUAGCUACCAUAUAGCUACCAUAUAGCAUCAAUGAAAUGUGUUGUAAGAAUUUUGAGUUUGUGCUAGAACGUCGGGUACAGAAGGAGUUAAAACAUACUGGCUUUAUUCGCUGCUAGAUGAAUGAACACAAACUGCCAUGUUUGAUCCGAGUCGGAUGCCACCUUGAUUGAAGCUCUGUGCCACUUUCGUUCUCCGUUGAUUUCUGAGUGCACAUGCUACUGAUAACUAUUUUGAUUGGAAAUUUUUAUUUCUCAUAGUUUUAUAAAACGGGAACCAAUAACAUUGGAGUAGAAACGUGCGACAAUUAAACAUUGACAACCUGAAUAGAUCAGAGCAGUUGGAGGUGUCCUUAGAUUUACAAGAGGCUUUGGACAGAGACGUGGAUGUCUCCUUGUGUCUCAGGGGGAAUAACUCCUAGGAUGGGGAGACAACUCUGAUAUUACACAACCAUAUGCUGUAACCAUGCUCAUUUUAGUGAAAGUAAUAUUGAUUGUUUUUUUGUUCAUUUUAGUUUUACAUCUCUAAACUUUAUCAAUAGGAUAACUUUCUAAAAGGUGGCAACGCAUGAAUCCCAACUUCCCAGGUUACAGCUGUGAACAUUUUGAUUUUAUUUAAUGAAGGGGGGAGGGGAGAUGAAUUCUCUUACGUGUUGCUUAUCAUUGACAGUAUGUUACAUUUCAAUGUGGAGUGUGUUUACAGUAUAAAUUGGUAGUAUUUCUCCCAAACGGAAGGCUAUGUUACAAACUCCUCUUGUUUAGCUAAGGUCGACCAGCUGACCUCCGUACAGGGACUGGCUGGCCCCUGUAGCCAGAGGGAGCUGGAAUCAGUUGGUGAGUUUCUGUACACUGAUUUGGGCAGCAGUGGGACAGGUGGUAUAAGCAGCGUGUAUCCACUCGGCCUAUCACAAGGUUGAAUGCCUACCGUACACUUUCCAGACUGGAAACGUGUCAUGUCAUUUGUAUGUAAUGGUAUGUGUGUGCAUAUGUAAUUUAUUAACACCUACGACCAAAGCAAAUCAUAGGCAGGUCUCCCUGUGCUUACCCUUAACCCUUUCACCCCUAUGUAACUUUUGUAGACUCUACCAUGCAUUGAUAUGGAUAAGUCCAUUAUGGUCUACAGUGGUGAAAGGAUAAACAAACCAACUCAUUUAUAAUAAUAUCAUUUCUGGGUACCACUUGCUUGGUAAAGAACCAUUUUCACCUGAAAGAUCGCAAGCGAACUAGUGAGAACAGGGUGGCUGUAAUCACAGUGUUGCUAUGAUCACAGGGUUGCUAUGAUCACAAUGUUGCUAUGAUCACAGUGUUGCUAUGAUCACAGGGUUGCUAUGAUCACAGUGUUGCUAUGAUCACAGGGUUGCUAUGAUCACAGUGUUGCAAUGAUCACAGGGUUGCUAUGAUCACAGUGUUGCUAUGAUCACAGUGUUGCUAUGAUCACAGGGUUGCUAUGAUCACAGUGUUGCUAUGAUCACAGGGUUGCUAUGAUCACAGGGUUGCUGUGAUCACAGGGUUGCUAUAAUCACAGGGUUGCUAUGAUCACAGGGUUGGAGGGUAGAGAGGGAGACCUGGCGUUUGUUUGACAAGGCGUGGCUGUGUUCACCACUGUUUAGUUAGGACAGAAUCCUUUAUCCUCUACUACUAUAGAAAACGGACAUUAUUCACCGAUGUCUAGACUUGCUUGGUUCAUGUUUCACUAUGUGCGUCUUGGCUGAGAGAUGGAUAUGAUUUUUUAUAGUUUUUUUUAUAUAUAUAUUUGUUUUGUAUUGCUUGAGACUGAGCUAGGGUGAUGUAGUGUAUAUUUAUAUAUGUGUAUAUAGGUAUACAUAUGUUUAUGUAUACAUGUAUAGACAUAUAAAUUUAGUGUGUGUGUAUGUGUAUAUAUAUAAUUUCAUGGCGACAAGCAAUUUGUCAAUCUCUAAGGCUUCUUGACCUUGAAAAAUAUAUCUGAUAACUUCGUCUCGGUUUUAACAUCAUCUGAUGAUGAAGUACCCUCGCUUAACAUCUGAUUAAAAAAACCAUAUCUGUCAUAUUUGAUUCCAUGUAAUAGUUUUCAAUAAAAUGAGCAAAUGGUUUCAAAGGCAUUAGACUCUGAUGUAAAAGAACAGAAGGAUUGCUGUCCUGGAGGCUGACAUAUUGUGGCGCCCAUAUAUUCAUGAUCUGAAGUAUGUACAGUGUGCGUAUGUGUGCAAGGCUGAGCUCGUGUGCGAACUGUUACAAGUGUGAAAAAGGUCUGUCUGUGCAAUUUAUUAACACACCCCAGUAAGUGGACGAGUCCAAUGUUGGGACAAAGGGAAUCACAAAAGGUGAGCUCUUGUAGCGAGACCAACCCAGAAGGGUCGCCUCGGUGGUGAAGGGAGACAACUCUGUUUACAGUCUUGCUUGUUGGCUCCCACUCUGGUGCGGUAGGGGUGCAGCAUGUACAGACAAGGGGAAUAACUCCUGUUAGAUGAGGGCAGAUCUUACAAAAGUCUCUUUACGCAAUUACUUUAUUAUGUAGUCCCAUAAACGUUUGUAUUGGGACUGCGAUGGACAGGGUUUGAUGAAAAUAAUCGAUUUUUAUUGGAAGACAGAUGUGAAAAUGUGCUGAUCCUAAUAUGUAAGCGUUGGUUGUUUUGCCUAUGUGAUUCAAACAGUAGGUCCUUAUUCGGUCAUUGUUAUGCAAACUUGGGCUGAGUUUGUGGACAUUUUGGUAGAUUUCGUGCAAUUUUAAUUUCACAUACCAUAGAUUGCUUCAGAUAAAGGGAGGUCACUGGGUUCUUUCCUUGAAAAAAAUUAACAUCUUAUUGUAGAAGAAGAGAGGGAAUUUCCCAAACCAGAAUGUUUGCUUGUAAUCUUUUUAUUGUGUUAUUAAAUAGCCACUAAAAAGGUUGACAGCGUUGAAAUGUGCGAUUAUAGAAAUGCCAGGUUUGUUAUAUAGAGCCCUGAUCAGCUGUCCACUACUACGCAACGUCUCAAAACUCACAACAAGCAGGUAGCGCAAAAAACAAAAUUGUCAUGAGUGCUAGGUGUUGAUCACGUGUUUACUGUGUUAUAAGGGUUGUGUUUAACGAGUCUCACAUGGAAACCUUUUUAUUAUUAUUAUUAUUAUAUAUAUAUAUAUAUUACAUAGCACUUACUGAUGUCUGUCUGCCUGUGUCGCCAUAGACAGCGAUACUAUCAAAUUUUCAUUUUAAUUAAAUUUUCAUUUCGCUGCAAUACUACAGCUGUACAGAAAUGAUUACUCAAAUGAAAUCAUUUAAACAAAUUUUGCUCUUCACUUAUUCAACUUUUUAAAGAUACUGAAAAUGUAUGUUGUGUGAUUUCACCAACAUUUCAGUGCUCCACAAGGGAGGGGUAUGACUUGUAGACCGACGUAUUCAAGGUGAACUCCGAUAGAUUGAUGUACAAUGUAUGAAAACAAUAUUGUUCAGUUUUUGGUAUUUUAUAAGUGUUGAUGAUACUGUACAAAAACAGAUGCCCGAGUUGAGACAUAGUGGAAGAUCUGGAGGGGAGUGGCCCACACAAGUCCUUCAACAGCCACACCUUAGACCCGUAGGGGAGUGGCACAAGUCCUUCAACAGCCACACCUAGUUUUCUACAAUUGGUGUACGAUGCAACAUUAUGAUAAUUAUUGAUUUUGGGUCAUUAGAUCAUCACCUUCAAUUCAAAAUACUAAUACAUUUUCUUAAGCUUUGUGAUAAAUCUGUAUAGUGGUUCUGACUGGGUCGUUAUAGAGAGAACAGCUACUCAACAGUUAAAGUUGAUGUAUCAGCUGACGACCUUUAUAUACAAAUCACUCAAGUCAGCAGAAAUAGUUGUGACAGUACUAUUGAUAAGAAAGACUAAAUGAAGAAUGUUUUUUUCCAUGCCACAAAUGUCCCCUUGUUAGUUUAGGUCAGUACUGUUUCAUGUGAUGUCCGAAGUCAGUACUGUUUCAUGUGAUGUCCGAGGUCAGUACUGUUUCAUGUGAUGUCCGAGGUCAGUACUGUUUCAUGUGAUGUCCGAGGUCAGUACUGUUUCAUGUGAUGUCCGAGGUCAGUACUGUUUCAUGUGAUGUCCGAGGUCAGUACUGUUUCAUGUGAUGUCCGAGGUCAGUACUGUUUCAUGUGAUGUCCGAGGUCAGUACUGUUUCAUGUGAUGUCCGAGGUCAGUACUGUUUCAUGUGAUGUCCGAAGUCAGUACUGUUUCAUGUGAUGUCUGACGGGGGAGUCGUUCAAUUCUGGUCAGAAUGGUUUCUAGUUUCAAAUACUACUUUACAUUGCCUGGUCUGCAAAGCAUUGCAGUGGAAUGAGCAAUGAAUUUGGCAUGUCAGAAAACUUAAGGACUAUUUUAUUCUCAAGUCUACAAGUCAAACUUGUUAUAAUAGUAACUUGGUCCCAACAGAAUGGUUAAUUGUGUUGUAACUCAUUCAUCCCUAAAAUUUUAUAUUGAACUACUCCAACCUUAGAAUUGGAAGAGUUUAAAUGUGUCUUUAGGUGUGAAUGAGUUGAAGGAAGUUACAAAGUUGAGUAUAAAGUGAUCUUGGGUAAACACUACUAAGUAGUAGCUUUCUUGUAACUCGCUUAAAUCAUGUCAAACGAUCAAAAAGUCAACUGUAAACACUGAAAACAGGUUUCAGUGUAGGUCUCUUCAAAAUUUUUCCAAAUCAUUGACAAAAUGAUUUUUUUGAUGAAUUUAUAACCAGAACAAGAAAUUAGACUUGAGCACAAAUCCAUACUGGAGCAUGAGAAUGUUUUAGGAAGAAGGACCCUUGAUAUUGUUACAUCAGUAAUUCAGAGUUCUUAAACACUAGUGCAAUGUGAACACAGUUUACGUUGUAAACACUAGUGCAAUGUAAACACAGUUUACGUUGUAAACACUAGUGAAAUGUAAACACAGUUUACGUUGUGGCGUUGCCUGGAAUGGAAAACAGUACUUAGAAUCAUAAGGUAUCUGUUGAUAGUCUUGCCUCUUCCUAUUGAAUAAUGCAUUUAAAAAACAUUUAAUUUUUAAUUAAGAAGAUUUUUAUACAAUCAUGUUGCUUGUAACAAAUUAAUGAUUAUUGAUUGGAGUAUGAUCCUGAUGUACAGGGUUCUUACUGUAUGGAGCUUAAGCUAAAUCAUGUAUUGAUUACAUUGGACAGUGAAAGUGAUUUAGUAAAGACAUAUUUGUUUUACUUCUCAACCUAACAGUAGAUUGAUGGAGGAGUGGGCACAGAGAUGUCUAACAAUGUUAAUUCCUUUAUCUAAAAAAAACCACCCAGUGAUAUUGAGGUUAAUGAUUUUUGAUUGAAAUGGAAUGCAAACGGAAACUUUAUAUUUCUCAAAGUGGUAAUUUCUUGUGUGUUUUAUGGCACUGUGUAGGAUGACGCAGAAAUUUGGUGAAACAGCUGUUAAAACUUUAGGCAUUUUACAUCUCCUUUAUUUGAAUAGAGCCAAUCAUUUGAUGUUUGCUAUUGUCGAUUUGCAGCAGAUAUUGAGUGUUACUUUUAAAUUUCCCUGAAAGUAGUUGUACAUCUGAUCUUGUAAUAAAACACCAAGUCAUAUAUUGUCGGAAAGACGUUCCUGAUUUUGUGUACAAUAAGAAAAUAGAAAAGAAAAAUUAGAUCGGCGAACUUGGUGUAAUACGUACACUAGUUUCAAAUUGAUGCAAAAUUAUGAAAAAUUUGGAAAUGGCAAUAUAUGAAUGCCGAGUCCAAUCACUGGGUGAAUAAUUGGAGAGAUUUUGAUUGGAGCCCAAGACUAGUGACCCUGUAUAACCAAAACUCAUACUGGCCACUCGUAUCGUCACCCUGAUCAAACUUCACAAAGACAUCUCUCGGGUUUACGGUAUAUCAUUACAGACAUCUAACCUAAAUUUAAUGCUAUUCCCAUAAUAGUGUGGGAUUUUUCAAAUGCCGAGGCAGGAGGCCUAGUGUACGACCCAAAGGGAGACAACCCAAUGACACGUAUACUAGGUCUUGUAACCUAAAUUUAAUGUUUUGGCAUAGAAAUAUUGAGAUACACACUUCUGUAAUAGUACUAGGACCCCCUCAUUAUCUAAUAGUCUGUAUCAGGAAUAAGUUCAAAAGCACUUGAGAAUUAUGUGGAAGGUUAGUUUUACUAAAUAUAACAGGUAUCAUGGGGAUAUGAAAUUCAUUGUAGGGAACUAUGAUUGCCUCAGAACUUGAACAGAUGUCAAUACUUUUGGAGAAACUCAUUCACACAUUUUAUCAAGACAUGACUAAAUUUCUUUAUCCUUGACAGUGACGUCACUACGACAUUGUGGCUUGCCAGUGACAUCACUUUUCGGUAAAUAACGUAUAUAUUAUAUUGUUGGCACUAAAGUAAACACGACGUCCUUGUCUCAAAGAUAUCGGGAUGGCAUUUGUUUCUCGUUCAAGUGGGAAGCAAUUUAAAAUCACCUUUUGUUAGUGAUAAUUUAGAUCAUUUAAGUGUAGGUUAUAAUGUCAUUGUCUGUCGAUGUAUGUGAUGUGCUGGCGUCAUAUCCGUCCCGGACAAAGACUUGGUCGUCAUGUGGAGUGCUCUCCCCUUAGGUUGAUCUGUGUUGCCGCCAGUCUUUGUUUUCCCAGUUUAUUUAUAAAACGUUUUAUAUCAGUAUAUAUACAUAUUUAAUAUGAAUUUUAUUAUGUAACAUAAAUUACAGCAAGUUUUUCUGGACCUAUAUUGUCCUACCUACCGACAAAAUGAACUGAUCCAAUCAGACAUGUGUAUUCAGGAGGCUAGGGAGUGGGACCCAUAACACACUUUGGCAAGCAGAGCUGGGGAAGAAGGGUUAUUUACUUUUAAUUUCAUUUUAGAUUCUUGAUGCCAUUUCUUCCCCAAUCAGAUGCAGGUAAUUGGGGAUCAGUGUGGAUUACCAACAGGUUUAAGGAUCAUGGAUAGUUGAAAAACUCGGUGCAUUUUGUUUGAAACGAUACUACAAUAUUAUGUUGUGUUAUGUAUUACUAUGGUUACCGAAUCCUCCGUUAAAACCACUUCUGCAGUCUUGAUGUGGGGUUCAGUUUGAGGUCUGUUAAAUUAGCAUUGGACCUUAUCUCAACCUUUAAAUAAAUCCCAUCGUUUCUCCCCUCGGCAGCCUGAAUAUUCUGUCUUUUGGUUCAGUUUAGCGUGUAGUAGUUGUGGGAACAUUUGUAGAAUGUGAUUUGUAUAAUGUUUGCCAUGGAUACCAGAUUGAAUGUGCUUAAGCUUACUGUUGACUUUUCACCAACUAAAUGUGACGGUGGGCUAGACAGUGAUUUGGGGCCAAUCACAGGGUUAGUCAUGUGACCCAUCUUCUGACCAAUCGUAUUAUCAAACUCUCAUGACAAUGAGAACAUCAUGUUGUUAAAUACUUUCAGUCUUCGUUUGUGCCAAUUAACCUGAUAGUUUACCUAUUGACCUUUAAAAUUGUAAGGAAAUUGGGAAAAACCCUGCAGAGGUAUUCUCUUUGUAGCCCUAAUAGGUGAGGUCUUUGCCAAGGAAUGUUGCAAAAACAUUACUAAAAAUGUUAGCAUGAAUAAAUUUUGAACUGAAAAAAGGCUAAGUGGUCCCUCUGUCGUUAACUGGACCAAUUUGGAAGGUUAUUUUUUUUAAAUUAAAAAAUUGGAAUUACACAAAAAACACCAGAUGACAGUGAAUGACCCCAUGGUAACCCUUGUUCAAAAUAAGAAAUUUAACUCGUUCACCCCUGUAAUUUCAUAAUGAACUAUACCAACUUUUGAACUCGAAGAGCUCAAAUGUGUCUUAAGGGGUGAAUGAGUUAAAGCAUCACCCAACUUAUCCAGUUUUAUUCUGUAGUCCGUGAUAGCUGGGAGGUCUAUGAUUGACCUGUGUCACUGAUACACGGAAGAACUGUAGCUGUAUUGUCCCUGGUCACAGUGACUCGGGGGUAAGCUGUAUUGUCCCUGGUCACAGUGACUCGGGGGUAAUCUGUAAUGUCCCUGGUCACAGUGACUCGGGGGUAAGAUGUAAUGUCCCUGGUCCCAGUGACUCGGGGGUAAGCUGUAAUGUCCCUUGUCACAGUGACUCGGGGGUAAGAUGUAAUGUCCCUGGUCACAGUGACUCGGGGGUAAGCUGUAAUGUCCCUUGUCACAGUGACUCGGGGGUAAGCUGUAAUGUCCCUGGUCACAGUGACUCGGGGGUAAGCUGUAACAUAAGAGUCUGGAUCUGAUCUGAAAUUAUUGGCCGUGCCUAUAUGUCGACGUACUGAAGCAGUUUUUACCUUGGCAAAUAUGCCUCUUACCGUUGCUUACUGGAUAUCUGAUCGGUAACCAAUGACAGCUUCUGCAUUACGACCCAUCAGACACCCAUUGUUUGUGUGUGAAUCGGGGAGAUGUUGAAGGUUAAACUGUAAUUUUUGUUUUGAAAUAUUUCUAAACUUGCGUAUCUCUGACUGAGUGAGAGUUGUCAAAUUACGAAUUGGCGUGCAAUAUUUAUGUCAAUAUUUUUUUUGUUGAAGUUGGAAUUUGGAUUAUUAUUAUUGAUUAUUAUUAAUAUUCUAUGUAGAGAAACUUGAUUUGUAGUUUACCUGGUUUGAAAGGAAGGACAGCCUCCUAGCACUGUUUCAUGCGGUUUCUGUUUUCUGGAAGUGGCAACUGUCGGUAUCGGAACUCUUCUGGGAUCACGUCAUGUCAAAGUAAAACAAUAAAACCUGAAUGUCGUAUA